AAUUCUCUCGUCGUGGCAGACAUGCUCAACCGUGCCAGAUAGCUUUCAGCAGUUCCAUGUCCACCCAGCGUGCAACAAGCGGCGGCGUCAAAUCCCUGAGGGCCAUGUUCGAGAGCAGCAAAUCCGAAUCCCAGCCGGGCUCCCCUGAGAUGCGCGGCCGUUCUCCAGCCGAGAGCGCGCGCAGCAGCGAGUCCAACCCUCGUCCCAGCUCCAAGAUUCGCGCCUCGUUCGUCCCCGUCGAACCACCCGUCUUUGCCGACGAUGCCGUCGAAGACGAGCCCCUCGAUCCCCAAGCCACCAAUGCCCAAGCCCAAGAACACGAGAGCACCAUCGCUCAACGCCGCGGUAGCUUCAGCCUCGACGCUCAGCGCGACUCGGAAGUUCUCGACGAGCUCAAGUCGUCCGUGUCGGAAGAGCGCGAGCAGCGCCGUCAGAGCGUCGACAUCCAAGAAACCAUUCCCGAGCAGGCCGUCAUGACCGGCCCCACCAACACUCCCUUCCCCGAGAUAAAGGAGGAAGAUGCCAUGGGCAUGUUCGUCAACAACCAGGCCAACAAACUGCAGGACCCUAAGCUCUCCAACAGCGCCGGUCCCAUGCAGGAGGCCACCCAGGAGAAUGCCGAUAAUGCCGUCCGCGAGGCCGCCCGGUCGCUCGAGCAGGUCGAGCAAGACACCGGCAGGAAGAGCGAGCCCGUGGAGGCCGAACCUGCGCCCCAGCAGGACCUCGCCAUCCACUCGACCGAGCAGCACAGCAACCAGCCCGACAAGGUCGUUUCGGCUGUCGAGGACAAUGACGCCAUCAUGAAGCCCGCCGAUCCCAAGGAGGAGUCGACGGUUUCUGGCGGCCGCGCACUGCCCAACCCUCACGAGCAGCUUCUCUCGCUGGCCGGCAAGCCCACGCAAAAGCCUGCCGAGCCCGCGCAACCCCCCGCUGAGCCCGCGCAACCCCCCGCUGAGCCCGCGCAGCCCCCUGCUGAGCCCGCGCAGCCUCCUGCCGCGGAGGAGCCCGUGCCAGAGCCCGCGGAGGAGCCCGCCAAGCCCACUCUGGAGCCCUCGCCUCUGAUUGAGUCGUCUGCAGACAAGGCCAACGGCGCCGCCGAACCUGAGCAAGAGCUUGCUGCGGAGCCCGCCGAGGCCAAGCCCGCCCUCUCCGAGACCAAUGUCGAAAAGUCGCCUGUCGCCUCCAAGACUCCUACCUCCGUCGCGUCGCCUGCCAAGUCGGCCUCGUCCAAGACCGCGAGCAAGGAGCCCGCCAAGAAGGCCAGCCGCACCUCGCUGCACUCGCAGACGUCUACGUCCGCGCCGGUUCCUAAGGCCCGCUCCACGUCGCGCCCGGCUGCCGACAGGAAGCCCGUUCACCCGUCGCCCGUUUCCAAGCCCAAGCCUAAGUCUCCCACGCGCCCCACCAAGGUCCCGUCGCACCUGAUGGCCCCCACGGCCGCGUCAGCCGCUAAGCGUGAAGCCGACAAGGCCGCCGCCGAGAAGGCUGCCGCGCCCCGCAAGACGACUACCACGCCGCGCGCGCCCUCUGUUGCCUCCAAGACCACUGCCGCGAGCUCCACCAAGACGGCCAAGCCCGCUGCUGGCCGCGCCUCCCUCGACUCGGCGUCGCGCCCCACGGCCGCCUCGGUCUCCAAGCGCCCUGAGAGCCGGACUUCUGCGUCGGGCGGCCGGAGGACCAGUGCCGCGCCCAAGGCUGCUGAUGAGGGCUUCCUGGCGCGCAUGAUGCGCCCGACCGCGGCGUCGGCGAGCAAGACGCACGACAAGAAGGAGCCCGAGGUGAAGAGCCCGCCGCGCCGGACGGUGAGCAACCCUACACGGAAGCCGAAUGGCACCAGCCUCGCGGAGCGGGGCAAGAAGGCCGUGCAGAAGGUUGUGCCGGGCGCGGGCAAGAAGGAGGAGGUUAAGCACGAGGAGCCGGAGCACAAGUCCGAGCCCGAGCCUGAGCCCCAGCCUGAGGCUGCCCCUGCGGCCGAGGAGCCCGCUCCCGCUGCCGAAGAGGAGGCGGCCGCGCCCGAGCCCGAGCCGGAGCACCACCCGGAGCCGAUCCCAGAGGAGCCGGCAGCGGAAACGUCGGAACCGCCCAAGGACGUCAUUACGACCGAAGAGGGCCAGAGUGCCCCAAACGAGGAGCUCACGCAGACGCCGGCGGGCAUGAAUGCCGCCAACGAGAUCCACUAGAGGCGAGCAGUAUUGGAGCAUCUUCCCCCUCGAUCGACGCGGUGCUACAGCAGCUGAAGGAGAGGCAGGCGUCGGGCCCGACGCCUUCGUCUUUGUCUGUUGCGAGGAGGAGGGGGACUGUGGGUGUUGGUGGCGCGAGCGCCGCUGACGCUUCUUCUUCC